AAAUUUUCCUAUAAGUAUGAACCCAAGAAUUGCACAACUACACAAAAGCUAUUUUGCUUCCAUGGCACCUCUUCAAGCCUGCAACAAUUCUUUUGUCCUUCUUCUAUGCGUCCUUUGUCUACACACCAUCUUUCCUAGUGCAAUUUCAAAAGCAAACGGAGAGGAAGAUUGGCUAAACCAUGGCGGAGAUAUAUACAACCGUAGAUACGCUUACAACGAAACCAAGAUCAGCCCAUCAACUGUCUCAAAUCUACGUCUCAAGUGGCAGUUCUUUGCAGGGAAGGACAUAAGUGCCACUCCAGCAAUCUUCGACGGCAUGCUCUACUUUCCGAGCUGGAAUGGUUACCUUUAUGCAGUUAAAGCAGAGGAUGGGUCACUUAUUUGGAAACAGAACUUGCAAAACCUAACUGGGUUUCAGCCAACUGGGUUUGUUGGUAAUGUCAAUACCACUGUUUCGAGAUCGACUCCGACAGUCGCAGGCAACUUGCUUAUCAUCGGAAUCUAUGGCCCGGCGGUGGCUAUAGCUGUUGAAAGGUGGAGUGGGAAGCUUGUUUGGUCUACACAGCUCGAUCCCCACCCUGCUGGUGUUAUCACUAUGUCUGGAACUUUUUACAAUGGAGCAUUUUACGUGGGAACAUCAUCACUAGAAGAAGGACUCAGCAUCACCCAAUGCUGCACCUUCCAAGGCAGCUUCGCCAAGCUAAACAUCACCACCGGCGCUAUCGCAUGGCAAACCUUCAUGCUACCAAACAACAACGGCUCCCUUGGACAAUACGCCGGAGCAGCCAUCUGGGGAAGCAGCCCUUCCAUCGACAUCCCCCGAAACCUCGUCUACAUCGCCACCGGAAACCUCUACUCCGUUCCUCCAAACAUAAGUCUCUGUCAGCAAAAACAGAACAACCAAACGGUCCCUACUCAACCCGACCAGUGUGUCGAGCCCGACAACCAUUCCAACUCCAUUCUGGGAUUGGAUUUGGAUUCUGGGAAGAUUGUUUGGUAUACGCAAUUAGGGGGUUAUGAUGUUUGGUUUUUCGCGUGUUUUUUGGAUCCUACGAGUCCGAGUUGUCCGCCCGGGCCGAGUACGGAUUCGGAUUUCGGAGAAGCUCCCAUGAUGUUGAGUGUGGAGGUUAAUGGGACGAAGAGAGAUGUGGUGGUUGCUGUGCAGAAGAAUGGCUUUGCGUGGGCUUUGGAUCGGAACAAUGGCAGUAUCAUCUGGUCUACGGUGGCUGGACCUGGCGGAUUUGGUGGAGGAGGUACAUGGGGAGCGGCCACCGACGAAAACCGAGUCUACACCAACAUUGGCAACAGCAACGACAAGAUCUUCACUCUGAAACCAUCCAACCAAACCACUACAUCCGGCGGAUGGGUGGCGAUGGACGCUCGCAACGGCCAAAUCUUGUGGUCCACAGCCAACCCCAACAUUAACACCUCAUCUAGUGGUCCUGUGACUAUAGCCAAUGGUGUCCUCUUUGCUGGUUCCACGUACCAAACAGGACCCCUAUUCGCCAUGAAUGCCGAAACUGGUAAAAUUCUAUGGUCCUAUGAUACCGGAGCCACCGUGUAUGGUGGCGCGUCGGUGAGCAAGGGUUGCGUUUACGUGGGGAAUGGAUAUAAGGUCGGCUUUUUUGCGGGUGAUCCAUUUUUCACUGCAGGAACCUCACUAUUUGCCUUUUGUGUUUGACGAAUGAAUUUGUUUUCUAUCUUAUGGAAUGAUAUGUUAUCUAUUUUCUGUAAGAAUAGAGUAAAUUCCAUUCUUAUUGAAAAUUUGAAGACAAAGUUGUUUAUGUGACAAUAUUCUUUUCAUAAAUAAAAAUCAUCUUUAUCGUGUUUUGUUUUAAAAGAUGUUUACAAUAUGUAAGAGGAAAAUAGCCAUGCUAUUUAU